AAUUACAAAAAAAAAAAAAUAAACAAUUGCAUAAAAUUUUGAAAAUUGGACGAAAAGAAAGAAACAAUAAUAAAAAUAUUGUGUGAAUUAUUUUAAGAAAUAAUAUUGAAUAACUUGUUAUUAUUGAAAAUAUUUCUUCAAGAAAACAUUAAUAUUACACAUGUACCAAACAACUAACUAAUUAAAUCAUACCAUAAAAUCAUAUGCAAAGAAAAUUUUAAUUUGUACUUACCUUCCAUAUGGUAAAUAUUAAAAAAUGAAAUUAAAACAAAGGAAAAUUUAAAAUAACAAUAUGCACAUAUAACGAAAAUGAUCUACAUACAAAACUAAAGAUAAAAAAUGAGAAAAAAAGUGAUCAUAAUAAAAAACAAGAAAAACAAAAAGAGUUUAUAUCAGACAGUGAAAUUAAUUUAAACUUCCAUUUUUGAAACAGCAGGGAAUGUUAUUAUGGUCUGUCCAGAAAAACAAGAUCAAAAUAAAUUAAAUUUGAAUAAAGAGGUUAACCAGUAAAGUUUGAAUUUAAUAAAUUUAUUUAAAAUAAAACAAAAAAUAUACUUAAUAUGCGUAUAUUUACACAAAUAUUAUAAUAUAUUUUCGUUAUAUAAUAAAUAAAUAUAGAAAAUGAAUGAACUGAAUGAAUCAUAAUAUUUAAAAAUAAUAAUAAAUUAUUCUACACUUACUAUAAUAAGAAAAUAAUUUUUAAAUAAGUAAAUGACAUAAUCGUGUGUUUCUAAAGAAAAUUCCAUUGAAUAUUUUUAAAAAAAUAUAUAUACGUAUGUAUAUAUUAUACAUAAAAUUAUAAUUUGAUAAAAAAUAUUAAAAAAAAAAAAAAAUAAAGUGAAUUUUAUCAUUUUUGAAAAACUUUACAAAAGCCAGAAAAAAUAAAAAUACAAAAAUGCAUUCCGAAGUUGGUGUUGGUGAUUUUAUAUUAUUAGAUGAUAUAACAUUAGAAAAAUUUAUUGAAAAUUUAAGAAAACGUUUUCAAUCAAAUAAAAUAUAUACAUAUAUUGGUGAAGUAUGUGUAUCAAUGAAUCCAUAUAAACAGAUGCCAAUAUAUGGUAAUGAUUAUAUUAAUCAAUAUAAAGGUAGAGAAUUUUUUGAAAAUCCACCACAUAUAUUUGGUAUUGCUGAUGCUGCAUAUCGUACUGUUAAACAACAACAAAAUGAUACAUGUAUAUUAAUAUCUGGUGAAUCUGGUGCUGGUAAAACAGAAGCAUCAAAAAUUAUAAUGAGAUAUAUUGCGGCUGUGACAAAUUUACAUUCGAAAAAUGAAAUUGAACGUGUUAAAAAUGUUUUAAUACAAUCAAAUACAAUAUUAGAAACAUUUGGUAAUGCUAAAACAAAUCGUAAUGAUAAUUCUAGUCGUUUUGGUAAAUAUAUGGAUAUUGAAUUUGAUUAUAAAGCUGAUCCAAUUGGUGGUAUUAUUAAUAAUUAUCUAUUAGAAAAAUCACGUGUUGUUAAACAACAAAUUGGUGAAAAAAAUUUUCAUAGUUUUUAUCAAUUAUUAAAUGGUGCAAAUGAUAAACAAUUAAAAGAAUAUAAUUUAAAAAAUAAUUCAUUUGAUUAUUAUUAUACAAAUAAUAAUAAUAAUGAUAAUAAUAAUAAUUAUAAUCAUAAUGAUACAAUCGGUUCAGAUCGACGUGAUUUUCAACAAACAAUAAAUGCAUGUAAUACAUUAGGUUUUACACAAGAUGAUAUAAAUACAAUAUGGAAAACAGUUGCUGCUAUUUUACAUAUUGGUAAUAUUAAUUUUGAUACUGAUGAAGAUCAAUUAAUUAUAAAAAAUCGACAAAAUCUUAUAUCUGCUGCAAAAUUAUUAGAUAUUAAUGAUAAUGAAUUAUUUGAUUCAUUAACAAAACGUACAAUUGCUGCUGGUGGUAAUAUUAUUAAAAAAGAUCAUGAUAUAAAAUCAGCAUAUUUUGGACGUGAUGCAUUUGCAAAAGCAAUUUAUGAACGUUUAUUCUCAUGGAUUAUUAAAAAGAUUAAUACGGCUAUUGAAGUGCCGAAAUAUCAGAGAGGAAGCAGAUCAGUAAUAGGUGUACUUGACAUUUAUGGUUUUGAAGUUUUCGAUAGCAACAGUUUCGAACAAUUUUGUAUUAAUUAUUGUAAUGAAAAAUUACAACAACUUUUUAUUGAACUUGUUUUGAAACAAGAACAAGAAGAAUAUUCCCGGGAAGGAAUUGAAUGGAAAAACAUUGAUUAUUUUAAUAAUAAAAUAAUAUGCGAUUUAGUUGAAAAUAUAUAUAAAUCGGUAAUCGAUGAAGCAUGUUUAACAGUUGGUAAAGUUGAUGAUGGAACAUUAGUUACAACUAUGGAUAAAAAGUUAGCGAAUCAUAAACAUUAUAGUAGUAGACAAAUUCAACCAACGGAUAAAACUUUAAAACAUAAAGAAGAUUUUCGUAUAACACAUUAUGCUGGAGAUGUCACAUAUAAUAUUACAGGUUUUAUGGAAAAAAAUAAAGAUACAUUAUAUCAGGAUUUCAAGAGAUUAUUAUAUCAUUCGAAAAAUCCAAAUAUUAAUCAAAUGUGGCCGGAUGGUGCACAAUCGAUUAGUCAAACAACAAAAAGACCAUUAACAACAAGUACAUUAUUUCAAAAAUCAAUGUUAGAAUUGGUUUCAACCCUAUUAAAAAAAGUGCCAUAUUAUGUACGAUGUAUUAAGCCGAAUGAUAUUAAAAGUCCAACUGUUUUUGAUGAAAAUCGUGUAAUACAUCAAGUUAGUUAUCUUGGUUUAUUGGAAAAUGUAAGAGUUCGUAGAGCUGGUUUUGUUUAUCGUCAAAAAUAUGAUAAAUUUUUGUUACGUUACAAAAUGAUUUCACAAUACACUUGGCCUAAUUUUCAUAGUGGUUCAGCAAAAGAAGCUACACAAGUGCUUAUUAAUGAAAAAGGUUUUGAUAAUGAUGUUAAAUAUGGUCAUAAUAAAAUAUUCAUUCGUUCACCAAGAACUCUAUUUUCAUUGGAACAUCAACGUAAUGAAAUGAUACCACAUAUAGUUACAUUAUUACAAAAACAAGUACGUGGUUGGAUUGCACGUAAACAAUUUAAACGUUUGAAAGCAACAAUUUAUAUACAAAAUUAUUACCGCCGAUAUAAAUUACGUUCAUAUAUUGGAGACUUAGAAAAGAAAUUUAAGAAUGCAAAAAAUAUGCCAGAUUAUGGUAAAAAUAUUAAAUGGCCACAUCCACCAUUAGUUGCAAGACAUAUUGAAAAUGAUUUACAUCGAAUUUUUGAUAGAUGGCGAGGUUAUAUGAUUUUACGUAAAUAUCCAAGAGAUGAAUGGGUUCAAAUGCAUUUAAAAAUUUCAACAGCAUGCGUUUUGAGAAAUUGUCGUAAAUAUUGGGGACAAAAUCGUAAAUGGCUAGGUGAUUAUUUAUCAUUGUCGCAGGAAAAUCGUUUUAAUACACAAUAUGAAACAUCUGUUAAAAAUAUGAAAAAUAUUGAUAGAUUUCAGCAAAUUUUAUUUUCAUCUUUUAUUAGAAAAAUUAAUAAACAUAAUAAAACAGCUGAUCGUGCUAUAAUUAUAACUGAGAAUUCAAUUUAUAAAAUUGAUAGUGCUAAAACAAAAUUUCGUAAUAUGAAACGUUCAAUAUUUAUUAAAGAUUUAUCUGGUAUAAGUAUAACACCUGGUAAAGAUCAAUUAAUUGCAUUUCAUUCACCAGAAAAAAAUGAUUUAGUAUUUAUAAUACAAGCAGAAGAUGGUAUUAUGUUAAAAGAAGAUCGUAUCGGUGAAAUAAUUGGUGUUGUCAAUUCAAGAUAUACAAAAUUACGAGGAAAAGAUAUUAAUAUAUCAUGUAGUCCAACAAUUUUAUGCCAUUUAGGUGGAAAAUCAAAAUCAAUAACAGUUCAAGCAACCGCUUCACAUGCAACAAAUGUAUUUAAAGUGAUUGAUAAAUCCAAUUUACUAUUAGAAGUGCCUUCAGAGUAUUGUGUUUAAGUUUUUUUUUUUUUUAAUUUUAAUUUUAAACUGAAUAAUUCGGAUUCUUUUAUUUUAAAAAACAAAAUGAAUUUACUUAAUUAGAUUUAUAAAUUGGCCGUAUUUUAGUUAUACACUUUAUUAAAAAGUUUUUAAUUUUUUAAAUGUAUGUUAAAUGUAUAAUUAAGAAAAUAAUAUUUUUUUUUUUUUACGAAAGUAAGUUUGUAUUAAUUUGUUUUAAUUUUUUUUUAAUAAUAAAGCUUUUUAUGAAAUAUUUUAAAAAUAAUUAGAAUUAAAACUAUUGAUUUUUAAUUAUUACAUAAACAAACUCAUAGUAAACAUAAAAUUCAAUUUCUAAAUUUCAUAAAAAUU